GCACCGCCGCCACUCCGGCACCGCCGCCCGCCGCCGAGCCGCCGUCUAUCCCCUCGCCUUCCGCCCACCCCGCUCCCCCCGCCCCCAUCUCGGUCCGUGUCCCCCCCCUCGCCUGUCUCCGCGCCGGGCCAAUGCUGCUGCGGGGCUCCCAGGCCGCGGGGCCGUGGCGGCAGCUGCCGCUGUGGCUUCUAGUCGCGCUGGCGGCCUGCGCCGUGCGGGCCUCCGAGAUAACCUUCGAGCUGCCCGACAACGCCAAGCAGUGCUUCUACGAGGAGAUCGCCCAGGGCACCAAGUGCACCCUAGAGUUCCAGGUGAUCACUGGAGGUCACUAUGAUGUUGACUGUCGGCUGGAAGAUCCCGAUGGCAUUGUAUUGUACAAAGAAAUGAAGAAACAAUACGAUAGCUUCACAUUUACUGCAUCCAGAAAUGGAACAUACAAGUUCUGCUUCAGCAAUGAAUUCUCUACUUUCACACACAAAACUGUGUACUUUGAUUUCCAGGUUGGAGAAGAUCCACCGCUGUUUCCUAGUGAGAACAGAGUCACCGCACUUACCCAGAUGGAGUCUGCGUGUGUUUCAAUUCAUGAAGCUUUGAAGUCUGUGAUCGAUUAUCAGACUCACUUCCGUUUGAGGGAAGCACAGGGCCGCAGCAGAGCAGAGGAUUUAAACACGAGGGUGGCCUACUGGUCCAUAGGGGAAGCAAUCAUUCUUCUUGUUGUUAGUAUUGGGCAGGUAUUUCUCCUCAAAAGCUUCUUCUCAGAUAAAAGGACCACAACAACCCGUGUUGGAUCAUAACUAGUAGUGGUAAUGCUUCAGGUCAUUGUGUGCUACUCAUCUGUAGAAAUAACUGUUUUCCAGUUAAUUGUAGUUACAAAAGAUCUCAGUAUAUGCAACAUUCAAAUGUCUCUACCCCUCAUCCCUUAAAAAUCACGAAACAGACCCAAAAAGUUAUGAAAGGAACACAUGAUUUGAAAUACUUUAAAAUACUUUGGAACUUUACGUGUUUCCCGAUUCCUGUAUUAAGUAUCUGGCAGUGGCCAGCCUCUGUAUUUCUACUGAUUGAAAUCCAAACGGAGUUUGAAUUGACCAGCAAGAUUAACAAUCUGCAGUAUAACACUUCUAAAAUAACCCAACAGUCUAGUGUCUGAUAUGAGAGA